AUGGUGACCGGCGGCGAGGAAAAUGGCCGGUGUAGGCUCUACGGUGGAUGGCGCUCGUUGCAAUCUCUUCCGGGGCUAUCUAGGGACCUUGGUCAUCCGUGUGUGAGAGUAAUUGGAGGAAGAGGGUGCGUGCAUAGCGAAUUUGAAUGGGAGGCGAUGGGCAUCCAUGGCGGGUGUGCUCUGGCUUUUAUAGCCAUGGAUGGCAAUGGCGGUUCGGGGCUGCUGGGGCUGCCUUGGCGUCGAAGGCACGGCCAGAGGCGGUUUAGGGGAGGUGCUAACCGGGCGCGCGAGCAGGGGCACGCGGCAGCGGGCAGUUGGGCACGGCAGCGCGGGGAGGCGAUGUCGGUGCUUAUCCGGGGCUGGCGCGAAGCAAGGGCGGCUGGCCGUGGUGGCGUGGUACGCGGGCAGCGGACGGGGCAAGGCGGUGCGACGAUGUCGGUGGCGGGCGCGUGGCUGCGGAUCGCGGCUAAGUGGUGUGAGCGCAGCCAGCGACGUGGCUUUGGGGCGCGGGAUAGCCAGGGGCAGCUGGCAAGCCGGACUUGCAGCGCAAGUUAG